CCGGAGCGCGCGCGGGGCCAUCUCCGGGAACACCCUCCUCCCAGCCCGAGAGACCAGGCGCCCCCCGGGUUCGGGAGCCGCGGGGCAGAACAAUCCGGGGCAGGGCUCGCCUCGCCAGUGACAUCACUCCAGAAGCUACUCUCCGCUCCCGGCGCCUGCCUUCGCGAGGCGUCAGUCCGUUUGUCCGUUCCCUUCCGUCCACUGCAGGAAAGGAGGGCUUCGGCGCCGAGCAGGGGACAGAGCCGGGCACCCGAGGAACCGCCGGACCUGGAGAAGGAGGAGGGAGAGCGAAGGCAGCGAGGGAAGGAGGACCCCGGCAGGCGACAGCAUGAAAUUCAGCCCAGCACACUAUUUGCUGCCUCUCCUGCCCGCGCUGGUCCUCAGCACCAGAACUAUCACGAACUAGAAAGGAAGCUAAAGGAAAUUGCUAAGGAAAGAAGCAUCAUGCUCCAUCAGAUGGCGAAGAAUUCAAGAGAACUCGUUGGAAUUAAAAGCAACCUUCAAUCUUUGAAAAAUGAUGAAAAAAAUGCCAAAGAUAAUGUUCAGAAGCUCCUGAUAAUAGGGACCGAACAAAGAGAACAGUUGAAGUCUCUCCAUGAAACCCUGCAUAUUCAACUUAAAGAGGCAACUGAAAAAGCAGAAAAACAACAGUCUACUAUCGUUUUUUUAAAGUCUGAAUUGGAAAGGAAGAACAAAAUGAUCCGAGAUCUCCAAAAUGAGAAUAAAAGCCUGAAAAACAAACUCUUGGCAGGAAACAAGCUGUGUGGCAUCCAUGCAGAAGAGGCAAAAAAAAUUCAAGCCCAGCUGAAGGAUAUUCAUUAUGGGAAGAAGGAUUUAUUACUUAAGGCCCAACUGCUUACUGAACUGGAACAGAAAUUAGUUGUGGCCAGAAAUGAACUAGAAAAAGCAGCUCUUGACAGGGACUCACAGAUGAAAGCAAUGAAAGAGACUAUUCGACUCUGCCUGUCAACUGUUUUUAACAACAAUUCACCUACUGAUAUUAAUAUACCUCAAGUAAAUCCAACUCUGAUGGCAAUUGCAAAUACACCUACUGUGCCUGUGAACCCACAGGAGCAGACACAGCAUCAGAUAAAAAUCCCUCAUGUACCAACUUUGUCUGGACAGAAUGACAGCAUUCAAUAUAAGUCAGUCAUUGGAGAAAAUCUAACAGUCACUGCCUGUAAUCCUAAUGAGGGCAGGGACUGUUCAAUGACUGUUCAAGACUCUAUCCCAAGGAAUGAUGCUUUGCAAAAUAACAUUACCAUGCAGAUGCAGGAACUUCAUAUAAAGCCUUGUACUGGUUGUGAGGAAAACACAAACCUGGAAAAACAAUUGACCAGCUUUGAAGGAACGACAGCUAGAGAAGAGAAAAUACUGUAAAUUCCAAGAAACUAUGUCUAAAACAUUCAUUUGCUAUUGUCUUCAUACUCUUUCUAGACCACAGGCUUGAUGGAAAUACUGAGUUUUUAAAGCAUGCAACUUUUUCACAAUUUUAUGUAACUUUAUAAAGUAGUCUAUAAAUUUUCCAACGGAUGACUGGCUAAUUAUUAUAUUUAAGCAAUAACCUAAUUAAAUGGAUAUGCACAGUCAUAAGCAGUCAUUGUCAUCAGUGAAUUGCCUAGUAUAAUAAAUUGGUCUCUUUCGAACUCAAAGAAAUUAUAAUUUAAUUCUAUUGGCUAAUUGAAGACAUGGUACUUUUCUGAUCUGUUUUUUAAAAAAUAAGCUGAUGCAUAAAAGUGUAGACACAGCAUUUUUAGUAACCCAAUUAAAUGCAUAUCAAGAUUUGGUCUGCACUAGAUAACUGGAAUAACUUUCUUCAAUGUUGGCAUCUGUACUGACAUGCAUAUAUUAUUUGAGGUGUUUAUUGCUAUUUUAAUAAUUAUUGUUAACCAUGCCUAAAUAAUGCCAAGGCAAUUCUGUUAAGGAGUUAGUAAGUUAAAAAUUUAUUGAAUAUGCUUAGUAUGAGAUGAUAAAGCACCUAUGUGACUUAAGGAUUUCUGCAACAAAUGAUUAGCGUUCUUGGCAUUAUAGAAAACAUGCCUUCUAGUUGUUUGCUAGAAUUAUUUCAAGGUAGGAAUCAUAUCAUUUGGAAUGCUCUACAUUAUUUUUAGAAUGAAACAGGGCAAUAGGAUGUGUGAUGAGUAGAUAUAAAUAUGCAAGUACGUAAUAAACAUUUUAAAAUGGGGUUUUGAUAAAAAAUAAAGAAGCCAUGUAAAUUAGAAUUCCUAGAUUUGUAUUUUUUAAAUAAUAUAGGUUAUUAAAACAUACCAGUGGUUUGAAAAUCUUUGCAAAUUGGAGUUAGUCUACAUACAAAUAUAAAUGUUCUGAAUGUAGCUCAUAACAAAAGAAAUUGACACUUAAAUUAUUACCAGUUGAUGAUAUGGGUACAUCAACCAACUUAAAGACUCAAUUUAACAUGGGUUAAAUUGUCCUGUUAUAUCACUUUAACAGAAUGCGUCCACUUCUACAGGUCAGACAUACUUUACAAGUGCAGACUAUAAAUAGAACCAUCAGUUUUAUAUAAGGAAUAUGCUUGCUAGUAUAUUGAAGCAAUGUGCCAUGGUAGGCUAUCUUAAAAUAUUUAAUUUUAAAGUGUAUUAAAUGGGCUGGAGGCAUAGUGCAGAGUGUAGAGAACUUGCAUGUGGCCAACAGAGAUUCAAUCCCCUGCACCACAUAUGGUCCCCUGAGCAUUGCUAGGGAUAAUUUUUGAGCAAAGAUCCAAAAGUAGCACCUGAACAUUGCCAGCAGUAUUAAAAAUGUGUUAAGUAUGGAAAAAAUGAAAUACUUAAAAUCCAGAUAUAGUGAACAUCAAUCAUUGAAAUUAUGCUUACUGUUUUUGGGGAGAUGAUAAGUCAUAGAUAUCAAGAAAAUAAAACAUAUUUUAGUUUUUGGGGUCAUACCCAGUGAUGCACAGGGGCAACUCCUAACUUUGCAAUCAGGAAUUACUCCUGGUGGUGCUCAGGGGACCAUGUGGGAUGCUGGGAAUCGAACCUCGGUCGGCCUCAUGCAAGGCAAAGGCCCUAUCUGCUGUACUAUCACUCCAGCCCCCCCCCCAAUAGUUUGCUUUUUAAAAUGUAGUAUUUUAUAUAUUCAGUUGGCAGAGUAGUUCAGUGGUAUUUAUCAGAAGAGGCCAUUUCAGAUUACAGGCAUCUAAGAAGGAAAAAUAAUCAAAGGAAAACCCAUAGUAUUUCCAGUUGUAAUUGACAAAAAUUUAUAAAAAAUGACCAAGGAUUUGAAUUUCUACGGACACCCUAUCCUACAUCACAAUACAAUUUAAUUCAAUGAAGAGGUAUAUGGCUAUAUUCACGAGUCUCUUUGAGUGUCUUUUUUCCACCAUAUACAAUAAUGAUCACCAUCUUAAUGGUUACUAAAAACAAAGUAGAUAAUUCAGUUAAAGAAUACAGAUAUUUAGUCUAAAUAUAGUUUCACUUCCCCAUUACCACAUAUACUUCAACGAAUCUUCUUGAACAUGGAUCUUGUUGACCAUCUGUCUUCAUUUCACUGUAGAAUAGUAUUUAGAAAAUGGCCAUUGGAACGAAUAGAGAAUCAGAUAGAUAUUUUCUGAAAAUUCUACAGAAUAACACAUUAAAUUAUUAGAAUUUGGUAAAAGAAAAAUAAAUGAAAUCUGAGGGAUUUCAUAUAAAAUUACUUUAUCUUCUAAUAUCCCUUAUAAUGUAUAAUAUAUAAUCAAUUUGGUCCUCAUCAUUAUUUGAAUGAUGAAGUGUGUUUAAAUUGGAUAUAUUAUUUAAUUAUCCACAAAUAAAUUAAUUCUGAUGAUAUUAGUUCUUUCUUUACAUUGUUUUAACACAUUUAUGAAUUUUCAGCAGGAGAACUUUAUCAGUAUUUUAAGAAGUACUCUGAAAGUUUCCCUUAUUUUAAUCAUGGCAUUAUUAUUUAGUGUUUCUAUGUUUUUAACAUAUUAAUUUUCUUUUUCUUAGCCUUUUGAUUAUUUUAAGAAAAAAUAGAUAUUUAAAAUAUUUUGCUUAUACUAUGAAUUGUGUUGAUAAUAUAUAUAACAUUUAUUUUUCUUUUAAUUAAUAGCAAUAUAAUCUUUGCCCAGAGUGAUAGUAUAGCAUGUGAGGUGCUUGCCUUAUAUGAAGCUGACCUAGGUUUGGUCUUCUAACUACCCAUAUGCUCUACCAAGCCUGCCAGGAUUGACCCUUGAGUGGAGAACCAGGAGUUAGCCCUGAGCACUGCUUAGUGGUCAAAACCCAUACCAAAAAUAAAAGUAAAAAAUUUGAGUCAAGGAACUGACAUUCAUAGAUUAGCUAUUCUAAUAUGAAAAAUAAAUAUUAAAGUUAGCAGACCAAAUCUUGAUGAUAAAAUAACUUUAAGUGUAAACUUUGAAAGACUUCUUAUGCUUUUAAGAGUAUUCAUCAAUUUAGAUGGAAAGCAAACUUAUUUUUCCCUUAUUUUAGCAUGAGCAUAACCAGAAAUAACAAAAAAUGUACUUCUCAUUUUCUUAGAGUUCUAGUCAAUGAUACAUAUCUACUCUGACAUAGAAAUUUUUAGAGGUAAUUACCUAAAUGAGUCCUGACUGUAGCUGGCCAAUGCCAAUAUAUUCAGAAGAAAAGUUAGUAAUUUCAUAACUCAUCUAAAUAAAAAAAAUUUGUGAUAAUCUCUGAAAAUGAAUAUACAAGAGGGAUAGCUACAUUCCUUAUUAUUUAAACAGAUACUUAACAUACAUUGAAUUGUUAUUUCAACACAAUUCUGUUUCAAAAUAUAUAGCAUAUUGCAAGUGAAAUUCAGUUCAGUUAUAUUUUAAUAGAUGUUUGCUGUUUUAGAGUAAAAAGGUGGAUUGCUGGAUAUAACAAUACCCUUAAACUUUGCUAUGAUGGAAUGUAUUAGUUUUAUAACUCAGGAACUUAGCUUAGCACUAAUAUAGCAGAGACAUAAAUAAUGGUACUAUGGUGUGUAGAGUUAGCUGACCGAAAACAAGAGGAUAUACAAAACAUUACUUCUUUUCUAAGGAGGCUGUUUUCUUAGGUCUGAGUACAUUUAUAAAUUAGUGCAAACCAUGUAUUUAAAUGGAUUAAUUUAUGUUUCAAAGGUACUGAGAAAUGGCCUAGUUUUGCACAAUGUUUCUUUCCAAGAUUACAAUGAACUAGUCAAAAAGCAAAUAUUAAUAUUCAAAAUUGUACCCAUUUCUGUCAAUCUGAUUCAAAUAUUUCUUCAGAUAGUUUUGUGCGUAUUUUUCAGUUACUUUGCUGAUGCCCAGAAGUGUUUAUUUUAUCUAAUUUGGAGUGUUAUUAAUUGGAGUCCUAUGAGGGAAGAUAUUUUUGUCUUUUACUUUAUAAAUGAAGAUCAGAUGCUUAAACUAGCUGUGUCAUAGAAUUUGCUCAAGUAUUUUUUAAAUAAGUAAUUCAAAACCUGAAACAAUAAGGGUAGUAGUUGAAGAAACAAAAAUUCUUUAAAAUGAUAAUAGAGUAUUUUUAAAUGUGGUUAUUUAGGGAAAAAAAUGAAUGUUAUGCUUUGACUUUGUUUUGGUUUAGUCUAUUUUUCCUUUGUCUUUAUAUCUAAAAGUUGUAUAUGUAGACCUGUGGCUAUGGGUUUUAUCAGAUCAGACUGAUACUCCUGAAUGAAUUUUUAAAUAAAGGUCAAUGUUACUAAUACAA